AACACCGCUUCUCUCUCUCUCUCUCUCUCUCUCUCUCUCUCUCUCUCUCUCUCUCUCUCUCUCUCUCUCUCUCUCUCUCUCUCACUCACACUGAGGCAGGAAGUUGAAACACAAGAAUGGUUGAGAAAAUAGAGAGGCAGACAUGUAGAGUCCGGCAUAGUAUAGAGAGUAGAGUUUAGAAUAGAAAAGACAAGUGAGACGGGGAGAAUGAGAGAACUUUUGUUAACUUCAUAACUGGACUUGUUGCUUCUUUUUCCCAUCUGCGUGUCGGACCAGACUAAGUAACGGGAGGGGGCUCAGAGAGAUACUACACACACACACGCACAUACAAACACACACACACACACACACACACACAGCUGAAAGGAGGUCAAGGGAAAAGACAAGAGAGAGAGAUGGAGGAGCGCUCCCUGCGCUUCUGGAGCUGUAAGAGUGUUUGACGCGUUCCGCACUCAAGAACGCAGGAAUUCAGGAUUGCAGGAACUCUGGAACUCGGGAACUUUGGAACUCAGGAACUUUGGAUCUCAGGAGCGAGUGCAGCUUUUCAAAAUGAUGAAAACAGCUGUCUUGACACAGGAGCCAGGAGCAUCCCCCGGGGUGACGACCGAUUCCUUCUCCCCAGUCAGUCAUGGAGAUAGCUCCAGUGCCUCCACACCCGCUGAUGCUGCUGUCACUACCGCCCCUCGGCUACCCCUCUCCCCUAGUGUCCCGGUACCCAGACCUCCCCCCUCCGCCCUUCACCGAAUCACCCCCUCCACACCAGCCCCUAUCUGCGCCUCCAAGUCCUCCUCCGCACCUCCACUUCCAGCCGCUCCAUCCCCUCUCUCCAAGCAGUCAUCGACAUCCACAGACGGCCCUUCUCCAGCCCCGCACAAACCCCCAGCCCCUGCCGUGCCCAGGCCGGCCGCGCCCCACCCAACCAAGCCCUUCGUCCCUCCCCUUCCCACCCACAAGCCCUCGACCACACCACCUCAAACGCGACCCCCUCCGCCUCUGAACGCCAAGGUGUCCUCGCCGCCUCUGCCCAGGCCUCCGAGGCCAUCUGUCUCCAGGACUCCCAGCACUGGAGGCCUUUCUGCUGCCCAGCCCUCAGCUAGCUCAGCUCCAACCUCCAACAGUACCUCCACCACCUCCUCCUCCACGGCUGCCUCCGUUGCAUCGUCUUUGGGUGCCUCCACCACCACCACCAGUGCUGCUGCAGCUACCUCUGCCUCUGCCUCUGUACUGCCCUCCAUCAGUAUUCUGGAGAAGCUGAUCAAGACGUGUCCAGUCUGGCUGCAGCUGGGGGUCACCAAGGAGAGGGCCACCAACAUCCUGCAUAAAGAGGGCCCCAGGGUCUUCCUGGUGAGGAAGGACCCAGGUCUAAAGGCCAUGGUGCUUGUAGUGAGGCUGCCUGACCAGGGAGGGGCGCCACAGAUCCAAGAGGUCGUUGUGAAAGAGGAGAAAACACUGACCUACCUGGAGGGCUCCGUGCUGGUGUUUGACAACAUAUUCAAGCUCAUCGCCUUCUACUGCGUCAGCCGGGACAUUCUGCCGUUCACCCUGAGGUUACCCCAAGCCAUUAUUGAAGCAACCAAAUAUGAAGCCAUGGAAAUCAUAUCCACAUUGGGCCUGGAGUUCUGGGGCUCGUCUCUGAACAGCCGUGCGGAGGCCGAUGUGAAGAGCCCGGGCGGGGAGCAGGGCAGCAGCUCCUGUGAGAUCCAGCUGUCCGCCGGCGGUGACCGCCUCUGGUACAUCAACCCCGUCUUCGUGGAGGACCACUGCAGCUCCCUCUCCUCCCCCUCACCCUCCACCUCCACAUCCUCACCACCGGUACCAGUGCCCCAGCCAGUUCUUCGCAGCCAGAGCCUCAACACCCCCUCCUCCACCUCCAGCGCCAGCCCAGCCCCAGCCCCAGGCCCAGGCCCCAAGUACAAGCGGCCACCUCCCCUCCCACCUCGGCCCCUGGGAGCCAGUGAGGGCCUUUCCUCCUCCUCCUCCUCCUCCGCGAAGCCCUCUGCUGGGACGUCAGCAGAGGCAGUCGCCUCCUCCCACGCACAGGGUCUUCCCGUCGGCCCCAAGCCCCCGAGCCCGGCAGCCUUAGCAGCAGCAGCAGCACACACGCAAGCCAGGGCGAAAGAGGAAGGAUGUGGUGAGCGAGAGAGCAGCGCAGAUGCAACCAGAGGAGGUGUGGACAGAGAGGAUCCAGCCCCGAAGAAGCAGCAGACACAAACGCAGACACAGGCGCAGCAGACUUCAACAACAACAACCACCGCACCACAACAGACACACACAGACGGCACCGGCGGUGGUGGAGCUCCGGCAGUAGUGCCACCUCAGAGGCAAAACAGCAGCGGUAAGGGGAAGAGACCUCCAGUGGGCCGGCCGCCGUCGUUCCGUGUACCCCCUGUCCCUAGACGGAGGCCCAGCGACAAGCAGGCAAGCGAGGACACGUCUGGAGGUUCAGCCAGUGAGACUCCUAACCCAGCUGCCCCAGUCAACUCCACCACCACCAAGGAGGUGGAAGGGGGCUCUGGUGGCGUGGUGGUGCCCGUUGGCACGCUCAUCUGCCUGGACGGCACCGACAUGGAGGUGCCCAAGCUGGCAGCGGAGGUGACGCUGGGAGUGGAGAACGCCAAACUACAAAGAUCCGCCGGUAACUCCGAUUCAGGUUCUCCAGCACCGCUGCAGGACACCGUGGCUGCUCUGCCGGUCUCCCCCGUCAGGAGACGCGGACCUCCAGUGCCUCCGCCUCGGAGUAAGAGACUCUCGGCUGUCAAGCCCAGCACCCAGCCGGGACAGGCAAACGGUCCUCCGAGCCAGGAGCCACCUCUCGCUCCCACCUCCCCGGAGUUCAGCUCCCUUCCCGUGCAGGGCUCCAGCGGCACCCCGCCACAGCCCACCCGCCGCUCCCUCUCCGUGGACCCCAAGUUCGGGGACGUGUCCAUCUACUCCCCCGACGCGGCAGCUGGCAGCUUCCCCCAGCACCGUGACAAUGACUCCUACUCCACCAGCAGUGCCGAGGACGACACUGACCCUCUGGCAUCCAGUGGUGGCGCUGGUGGCAACUCCACCUCAGCUGCUCCUGCUGGUGGCGGAGGAGGAGGAGGAGGUGGUGGUGGGAGCAGUGGAGGAGGAGGAUACCACGCGGCCGUCAAGCGCACGCCCACCAUCAUGCUGGACCGCGCCAAGCAGCGGCUGAGCAUGGUGAACUUCAGCAGUGUCUUCACAGGCAUGCUGAGCGCCGAGCUGAAGCUGCAGAAGCGCGUGGUGGAGCUGUCGCGGGACGCCGGCUCCUACUUCGGCUGCCUGGUGCGCGACCACCGUGCCUUCACGCUGGAGACGCUGCGCAAGCACGCCUCCAGCACCGAGAUGCUGCAGGAGAUCCGGCAGAUGAUGACGCAGCUCAAGAGCUACCUGAUCCAGAGCGCCGAGAUACAGAGCCUGCAGGAGCCCAACGUGUUCUCCGAUGAGAAGCUCGAGGUGAUCAUCGAGGCGGCCCUGUGCAAGAGCGUGCUGAAGCCCAUUCGCGAGUCCAUCUACAGCAGACUGCGGGACAUCCACACGCGGGACGGCACGCUCAAGAAGCUGCGGGAGAACCAGCAGGUGGUGCUGAACACCACCACCACCGACCUGGGCGUCACCACCUGCGUGCCCGAGACGGCCAUCAUGGAGAAGAUCACGCAGAAACUGGGCCGCCUGCACCAGGAGUACUCGCCACAGAAGAAGAUCGACACGCUGCUCAAGACCUGCAAGCUCAUCUACGACUCCAUGUCGGUGGGCAGCCAGGGUAAGGCCCAUGGUGCAGAUGACUUCCUGCCAGUGUUGAUGUACGUGCUGGCCCGCAGCAACAUGACCGAGCUGCUCCUGGACGUGGAGUACAUGAUGGAGCUCAUGGACCCUGCUCUGCAGCUGGGAGAAGGUUCUUACUACCUGACGACCACCUACGGGGCUCUGGAGCACAUCAAGAGCUACGACAAGGAGCCGGUGACCAGGACCCUGAGUCUGGAGGUCCAGGACUCCAUCAACCGCUGGGAGCGCAGGCGCACCCUCAACAAGGCCCGAGUCUCUCGCUCCUCCGUACAGGACUUCAUCAACGUGUCCCUGCUGGAGGCCGGCGCCAACACCAAGACGCUGGGCGUGCGGGCCAGCACCAGUGCCCAGGACCUGUGCGCCCAGUGCGCCGACAAGUUCGAGGUGCUGGACCCGGAAUCGUACUGCCUGAGCGUGCUGGUGGACGGCGUGUACAAGUCGCUGGGGCCCGAAGAGAAGCCGCUGGAGGUCAAGUCGGCGCUGCACCACAGCGAGCCCAGGAAGGAGUACUACUUUGUGUACCGGCUGGGGCGCUGGCCGGAGAGCACUGGGGAAGUGGAGGCAGGUCAGGUGGAGCUGCCAGAGCCAGAGACCCAGCUAGAGACCGAGCCGGAGGCAGAGCCAGAGCCAGAGCCAGAGACCCAGUCGGAGGCAGAGCUGGCGAACCAGCUGGAGACAGAGACGGAGACUCAGAUGAAGGCUGAGGAGAAGCCGGAGGCUGAUGCGGAGCCGGCGGAGGCUGAGGGUGCUGAACCUCAGGGGGAGCCCCAGGCUGAGGAGGCUGAUGAGCAGGUCGAGGUCCACACAGAGGCAGCCGCUGAGGUAGAGGCAGAGGCAGAGGCAGAGGAGUCAUCUGGGACAAAUCCUCCAGAAGAAGAGAGUCUAAUAUAAAGGGAGUG